UCCGCCAAAGCCCCGCUCCCUCCGCCCUCCUCCUCCAGCUAUUUGCCAGCCAGCCUCAGCGACAGACAGCCAGCCGCUCACCGUCCUGCUGCUGCGCGGAGUCCCGUCUUCGCCCUCCGAGCCCCGGCGUCGUUUUUCUCGUCUACGAGGACCUCCACGGGCCGGCAAGCGAGUUCGGUCGCGUCUCUUUUUUGGGGGGGAAAUUUCAGUCAUUGCGAGCUUUAUUCUCCAAUUGCCCUGCAAGAUAUAUGGAGAAAAUGGCCAGACCUCUUCCUUUAAACCCAACUUUCCUGCCGCCGACUCACUGCGUACUGAAAUCCCUGCUGGAAAAUCCGCUGAAGCUGCCUUUCCAUCACGAUGAAGGAUUUGGUAAAGACAAGGAGAAAGAAAAGAAGCUUGACGAUGAGAGCAGCACAGCCAACCACCCACAGUCGGCCUUCCUCGGCCCGACCCUCUGGGACAAGACCCUGCCCUACGAUGGGGACAACUUUCAGCUGGAGUACAUGGAUCUGGAGGAGUUCCUCUCCGAGAAUGGCAUCCCGGCCAACACAACCCAGAGCGACCAGGCUCAGCAGGCAGCGCAGCCGGCACAGGCCCCUCUCCAAAAGGCCCCACCGCCCGCCCCGCCCACACCCACUGUGGUGGACCUCAGUAGCCGCGCCACCACCUCGGUUCACACAGGCAUGGCCCCUCAGACCUGCCUCCACAGUCCCAGCACAGCAGCACUGCCCUCAUCCCGGGACACUCCCAGCCCCAUCGACCCAGAGUCCAUUCAGGUGCCCGUGACCUAUGAUCCUGACCCAGCAGACCUGGCUCUGUCCAGCGUGCCCGGCCAGGAAAUGUUCGACCCCAGGAAACGCAAAUUCUCCGCCGAGGAGCUGAAGCCGCAGCCCAUGAUCAAAAAAGCCCGCAAGGUCUUCAUUCCCGAAGACCUGAAGGACGAUAAGUACUGGGCCCGGCGCAGAAAGAACAAUGUGGCAGCCAAGCGGUCACGGGACGCCAGGCGGCUGAAGGAGAACCAGAUCGCCAUCCGGGCUGGCUUCCUGGAGAAGGAGAACGCCGCUCUCCGCAUGGAGGUAGCGGACUUGAGGAAGGAGCUGGGCCGCUGCAAGAACGUUCUGGCUAAAUACGAGGCCCGGCACGGGCCCCUGUGAGCCCCCAAAACUCCAACUCCCCCAACCACCGCCAAGCCCCCCCCGCUCGUUCCUCCCCAACACGUUAGUACCCCAACCCACCCUUUCCUCGAGUUUGAAGGACAAUGUGUCUCUUUUGGUGACACUGCCCCCUCCUCCUCCACCUUCUCCACCACGUCCCCUUCCUUCCACCUGCCCCCACCGCCCUGCCUCCUCCUCCCCCGCCCUCCUCCAACACACACCUGUAUGAUUCUGGUAUUAUAACUGUCAUUUUGACUUCUAUCAUAAGCUUCGAUUUGUCUGUUCCUUCUUUUAUUUUCUGUACACAUCGUUCGACUGAAUAUAUAUACAUAUACAUAGAUAAAUAUAUAUAUAUUUACACAUGCAUACUUCCCACUUUAAUGUACUGUGAGGAGUUAUGAGCCAACCCACCAGCUGAGCCCCCCCCCUCCCUCAAACCCCGCUACCUUCCACUUUUGAGAAACAAUGCCAUGCUGUUUGUUGUUCACUUUCAUACCGAUUUUAUACGUGACAUCAGGACUGAAAACUGUUGUUUCCUGUUUCCCUUCUUCUUCUUCUUCUGUCUUAUAACCAUGUGACGUGUCAGAACCUGCUUUUACCCCCCAAAAACUGGUGUUUUUAAACCCUGUACGAGGUCUGCUUUUUCUUCUAUCAGCAACAUCAUCUUGUUUUUGAUCCUCUCUCGAUGUUCAUGUUGUAUAUCAGUUGCCCCCCCCCCCCGUUCUAACUUAACACAACUCCCCUCCGGCUUCUCUAACAGCAUCCUCGGUAUUUUAGCGUAAAAUUGCACUUAAAAAAAAUCUUUUUCAAUUUGCCGUUUUUUAAAAACCAUCAUUAUGGUUUUUCUUCAUCACCCGGACAAUGAGCAAUAAUCCCUGUCCAGAAACUUAACUGACAUGACAACCAUGACACCCCUCCCUGCUCCCCUCUCCUCCCCUCCCCACCACCACCGCUGGCAACAGGGAGAGAACUCUCUGUUUCCACCUCACAUUAGCUCACCUCCGUUAACUGGGAUAACCUUAGUUAACCUCUGCACUAAUGCGUGUCUCACAAUCUGAUCCGGUGCAAUGUUUCCACUCGCUCAAAAUUUUCCUCCGCCUCAUAUUUAUCUACCCUUUAUUUCUCAGAUGGAAGAUUGUUGUUUUUUUAUAUAUAUAUUCUGUUGAUAUAAUUGUUAGUAUUAAUACUUCUCUUGACAUUGUUGUCGUUUAGCCUCCUCCUUGUUUUCAGAUUUAAGCAUGAUUUCUUUUACAGAAUGAAAAGCUAUUUACAAAUCUUUUCUUUUUAUUUGCAAAGUUGUUGAUAAUUCUUUUUUUCUUUUUUUUUUGCUUCUGUUUAAUUUAGCAUGAUCGAUGAGUGUCUUUAUUUUAGAAAUCAACAGAUGUCUGUAGUCUCUCUCUCUCUCUCUCUCUCUCUCUCUCUUUGUAGCUCUAUGUUUGCCUUCUUUUUAAAGAUGGCUGUAUGAAUGUAAAAGAUGCUGACAAAAAAGGUUGGAUGGUGUUGUCCAAUACUGUGGUUAACCCAAUCAAUUUGUUUACUGCAAACCAAACUAUUCACAACAGAGAUGAUAUAUUGGUUACAAGAGAUAUGUUUAUAUAAACCUAUUCUAUAAGUUGUUCUUUUUGUACAGUAUUUUUCCUAUACAUUACUGAACUAUGUAUUUUAAAGGCACAACAGAUCCAAAAUAUUAUUAAAAAAUACAAGUAUAUAACUAAAAGACAAAUGCAUAUAGUGGUAUUUUAAUAUUCUAUAUUAGUUAGGAUGUGGUAGUUUUACAGAGAUUUGUGGAUAUUCAGCAGCACCUAAACUUCCUGGGCAUUAUUAUGAUUAUCACCAUCAUUAACACUCCUUCUUAUGUUGGUGCCACCUUUAAGAUCCCAUCAAACUCAUAGGAAUCAGAUGCACCAAAACAAAAUGCAGUCCAGAAGAAAGAAUGUAAAGAUAGGCCCUUUCCAAAAUCUAUCGACUCACAUCCAAUGCAAAAACACACAGUUCAUCGUGUUUAGUGUGGCAACCCCCCCCCCCCAAAAAAAAUGCGUUCCAACAUAAGUUGUCUGGCAACCGGCUUUUCUUUCUUUCAAGGGCGAAUCUUCAAACUUGUCGAGGCUUUCUGUAAACACGCAGCUUGUGAGUCUUGUUUCUUUCUGAUCUGAUUUGACGGGAUGAAGUUACUAUGAAGGAAGGGAAAUCUAUAGCUGGUUACUAUUGCUGCUCUGUCUGUGUGUGAUUGGUUCCUUCAGCCAAUGCAGUUGUAGCGUGUCCCUGAGCCUGAGUGAUGGAUACUGGAAAGCUUUUUAAGCCCCCCCCCCCCGUUACUUGUGUUGUAGUGUAGAGCUGCAUGCUGCAGAGUUUUCUGCCAAUCAGUCACAAGUGGGAUGAGACCGAUUACUGUAUUUGAAGGCUGAUACUGACAUUUCUGACCAUACUAUGGGAGUCCAGUUAUGCAAAUAUUCAAAUUAAAUUAUCUAAAAGAAUAGUUACAGCAAGACUCUAUCUGUGUAUUGAAUAUAUGGCUGCAGCCAGUUAGCUGGAAACAUCUGGCCUAGCUCUGAUCAGUGCUAACAAGACCCACCUACCAGCACCUCCAGAUUCUGUACAAAAACUAAUGUGUGUUGUUGUUUGACACUUAAGUUUUUGUAUGGAUUAAACAAAUUAGACACGACAUUAUUAAGUGAGCUAGAAAUGCUGAUAGGAGGGAUUUUGUUACCUUUGGACAGAGCCAGGCUAGCUGUUUCCACCUGUUUGCAGUAACCUGUGCUAAAGAGCUGCUGGCUGUAGUCUUAAAUUUACUGCACAGAUAUGAAAGUGGUAUUAACCAUCCUCUUAUCUGUCUGCAAGAAAAAUUUAUUUUCCAUUUGUGUGCACAUGACGAAUGAUUAAAACUAUCUUAAGGCUGAAAAAUAGCCACCCUGCAAGGAGCGAUUCCCCCCACUGGACAAAUUCAAAUUCAAAAAGUCCAGUUUGCAAUUUCAAUUUUAAGUUCAGGCUGUCGGCCAAAUUAAGAAAGAAAAGUUACAUUUCAUUUUUUGUUUAAAAAAAUAAAAAUAAAACAAAAAUCUAUCCGCUUUUUUCCUUUUCCUUAAUUGUGCUUUUUUUUUUACAUGGAAAUGGAAAUUUGAUGAAUUAAUUUUAUUAUUGGCAGCUGUGGACAUCCAUAAUUUUAUUGAAUGUCUGUUCAAAUUUAGGUCAUGUUGGGAAAAACAUCGGAACACGGGAAUUUAAAAACAUAACAAACCUAAACAUAACAAUCAGAAAAGCCAGUAUCGGCCCAAUAACACAGCAAACGGACAGAUCAGUCUGAUCCAAGCCCAGACUUGGCUGAACAUUAUCUAUCCAAUCCAAAGGUGUGUGCGAUAUGAAAUUAUUCUUUUCUAACCGCAAACUAUGGUCUUAAUGUUUUUUGUGCUCUAGAGGGUGUUUCCCUUCUGCACCUUUUCUGCACAGAUGCACUCGAGUGUGAACAGGGUUUGUAGAGAAAAGUGAAGACUGGAAUGAUGCUGAUCCGUGAAUCUUUGGAGCAUCUUUUUAUGAAGUCGUAUAUAUAUAGGAAAAAGCCAAUAAUUAAUCCAUGUGUAUCCCAAAAGUACCUCACUGUCGAGUGAUUUCACUACCUCACCCGGAAAUGUUAACCAUAAUUCUGAGUCUAUUCCAGUGCCUUGAAUACACUGACUGUUCCCCAGUCUCUCAGCAAUGUAAAGAUCUCAUCACAGCACCACUCGGAUAGGUUCAGAUCUGCACUGAAGGGCUUCUUAGUGCAUCAAAAAUCUAUAUAUUAUAUACACUGACUCCUUUCAUUUCUUAUUUUGGACAUUGCAACAGACUUGUAACCAUUGUAUUCAUGGCAACACCAACGGACUGUUUCAGAGUGUAUAAUAAUACAACAUAAAAGAGUAUUCGGUCUUGUCUGUCAUGGAAUGGAUGCAUAACAUUUGUUUGUGCUGUUCAGCCCUCAGCCUCUCUGUCUCUCUGUAAUUUGUAGUGUCUAAUAAAAUCCCAAUUCUUUUCUGA